GACAACUUUCCUGUUGUCAAAGAAAAAAUGCUGAAGGCUUUUCAUGCCAAUAAGGAAAGCUACUGGUCCUUGUUGGACUUUGAUAAAGAACGUGAUCUGGAGAGGUUGAUCACGAGCGGUACCAACUGGGUGGAUGGUGAUGGCGAUGCUGAAUAUGGAGACUGGUUUACCACUCCUGAGUGUGCCCAAGUUGUCGCCGAUGCGUAUUGA